GACAAGGGGGGAGUGAGCGGACUGCCAUGCCAUCCCCCCCCCCCCCAUGUAAGCUGUCUGAUCUCCCCGUGGUGUCCCUCAAGGGUCUGUAAGUGUGUCCUGCCUCCAUUAUCCUCUCAGCUUUUCUCUCUCAGCCCUGGAGUGUGCCCACUUUCCUCAUCUGUAAAAUGGGGACAAAACCCCCUACCUUACGGGUGAGGUAAGGAUCCUCACCUGGUAGGAAUCAAUGCUGACGUAUAGAGGGCUUGCUGGGUGCCCAGAACUAUGCUGAGCCCUGACACCUCACGGCGAACCCACAGAGUAGGUACCAUUAUUCCCAUUUUAUUGAUGGAGAAACUGAGGCCCCAGGGUGCUCACUUCUCCAAAGUCACCCAGCUCAUAACUGGCAAAGCCAAACCUCCAACCUGGCUCUGACUGAGGCCAAAGUCCACGCUUCAAACCACGAAGCUCCACAACGUCUCUCCACGAGACAUUUGGCACAGAGAGCUUUUGGAAAUUGUGAAAUGCAUUUAAAAGCUACUUAGCAUCUAUUCUGGUGUAACCCUAAGCCAGAUGCUGUCAAGAGUACAAAUGAGUACCAGACCCCAUCCAAGCCCUCGAAGAGCAAGGAAUAAGACUUGUCUCCACUUGAAAGGAGAGCAGGCAGGAUGAGGCAGACUCGAGCCGGUCUGGGCCGUGUGCAGGGGAGACAUCCUGGAAGAAGUGGCCUAUGUGUUCCUCAUCAACCUUUGCUUUCCCCAGAGUGGGAGGUGCUUCUGGUAUCACCGUGGCCUGCAAGCCAGAGGCCUGGGUUCCAGACCCUGCUGUAUUGUCUCUGCAUGGCCCUGGGCAAGUGCCUUGACUUCUCCAAGCCUCAGUUUCCCCAUCUGAAAAAUAAAACACUUGUGACUUUCUAGGAGAGGCUUAUGGAUGGAGGGUAAGAAUCAGCAGAAAAGGAGGCCUGGAUGGCCACAUGCAGCAGACUGUGUUGGACAGAAAGAGACCUGAGGGGCCCAGGGAAGGUCGACACAUGGGCUUACUUCCUGGAGAGGAGAUGAGCAAGUGGCUGGCACAGCCACCUGGAGACAGCACCCUGGGGCCCUGACCUGGCAAUGCCCUGCCCAGGCAGAGAAGGGUCCCAUGUGGACCCUUCCUGUCCCCCUCACUCUGAGGCAGGUCAAAUCCCCAGCAGGCCAGGGUGCAGGAACAGGACAGGCUGGGGAUGAAGUCACAGCUGGAAGGGGCUGAGCUGGGGCUGCCACUCCAGGGUGGGGCCUGGGGUCACGACCCUGGGAGCAUGCAGCCAAGAAGGGAGGAUGCCUUCCGUGAGGAAGCCGAGGGGAAAACACACACACACACACACACACACACACACACAGCGUAGAGAGGGAGGGAAGAAAACAAACUCCAGGAGACCAAAGCUGGCCUGGAGCGCGGUCUGGGCGGCCGAUUCCUGGGGACCGAGGCCACGUUGCAGGCAGCUCACAGCCUGGCGGUUCCAAGACCCUGCCCAAGCUUCCCCCCAGAGGCCGGUGCAGGUGGUGCCUGGACAUGGACAGGAAAGGGAGGCUGGGCCUGGGGUGCCAAGGGGCCCACAGCUCUUGGGGAGCAUGGACCAAGUCAGGCUCCAGUAUAUAAAUCAGGCAAAUUCCCCGUUGAGCAUGAAUCUCUGAAAACUGCCGGCAUCUAAGGUCUCCUCCAAGGCCCUCUGGAGUCCAGCCCAUAAUGAAGGUCUUGGCGGCAGGAGUCGUGCCCCUGCUGCUGGUUCUGCACUGGAAACAUGGGGCGGGGAGCCCCCUUCCUAUCACCCCUGUCAACGCCACCUGUGCCACACGCCACCCAUGUCACAGCAACCUCAUGAACCAGAUCAGGAACCAACUGGCGCAGCUCAAUGGCAGUGCCAAUGCCCUCUUUAUUCUCUAUUACACGGCCCAGGGGGAGCCGUUCCCCAACAACCUGGACAAACUGUGCGGCCCCAACGUGACGGACUUCCCGCCAUUCCAUGCCAACGGCACAGAGAAGACCCGGUUAGUGGAGCUGUACCGCAUCAUCGCUUACCUUGGUGCCUCCCUGGGCAACAUCACCCGGGACCAGAAGGUCCUCAAUCCCAAUGCCCUCAGCCUCCACAGCAAGCUGAACGCCACUGCAGACAUCAUGCGGGGCCUCCUCAGCAACGUGCUCUGCCGCCUGUGUAACAAGUAUCACGUGGCCCACGUGGACGUGGCCUAUGGCCCUGACACCUCAGGCAAGGACGUCUUUCAGAAGAAGAAGCUGGGCUGUCAGCUCCUGGGGAAGUAUAAACAGGUCAUUGCUGUGGUGGCCCAGGCCUUCUAGACAGGAGGUCUUGAAGCAUGCAGUGAGUGACCUGAGAUCUUAGGCUCAGGCAGCUGUCAAACUGUGGCCAGGGCCCAGAGUAUCGCCAGACCCAAGUGGGGACUGCUGGCAGACCCCGAGGGGUUUCUGGCCAGUCCAUUCCCCUCUAGGUGGGCUGUGAUGAAGCCGAGCAGAAUCAAAACACCCAAAGGCAGGGCCUAUCUACAGCGCCAAUUAGAAGAAGGCACCCCUUCCUCUGGGAGACUGCAGCCAGGCACUAGGGUGUCGGGCUGGUCAGGGGAUUAUGGGCUGGACCUCUGUCCCCACUUGUCCCCUUGGCCAGGGACUUUGUGAGAAAACUGUACAAGUUGUCCAUGGUGACCCUGACCAUGGGGCAAGACAGCAGGGGUCAGGGGACUCUCCCAGCCCCGCAGAAUGACCGCCAUUGGUGCCUUUGCUGCCCCUUAAUGUAGGUUUUGGAAGGUUUGACUGGGCUCGGGCAGGCCAGAGGAGCUGGGGUCCUGAGGACUCCUUGGCCCCUACAAGUAUAGCGAGUGGAAGUUAGAGAAGGGAGUUCUGGUUUGAGAUGCUCCUUCUCUUGAGCAUGAUUGGAGAGCUCAGGCCUAGGGACUGGACUAUGAGGCAGAAAGUUCCAGAAUGAGCUUGCUGGCAUUCAGGCUCCUAGGGAGGCAGAGAGGCCACCUUCGGGCCUGGGAAGGAAGAGAGGUCCGGAAAGCUUUGACAAGCUCUCCUUCUUGCCCUCAGGCUUUCCUGAAGCCUGGGAUGGCCAGGGUCUGGUGGGUGGACCUGGAGGUAGGGUUUGUGGAGGUGGGCAGGUGGCAAAGUCAGCUGAGGAGGUUCUGAGGGGACCCAGAUUCUUCCUUCUGGGCAAUGGUCUAUAAGGGAUGGGAAGGACUAGGUAGUUAAGAGUGGCAGCUCACAUUUGGGACCCAGGGAGGCCCUGUGACGUCACACAAAGGUACUUGAGGGGGACCAGAGGUCAUCUCUGUUCCUAGGGCAAGGGAACAGCAGAACCUGAGGUCAGGGUCUCAGAGAAGCCUGAGAGCCAAGAGUGCUGUGUGUCUGACCCAGCAUGAUUGUCUAUUUAUUAUGAUGUCCUAUUUAUAUUAACUUAUUGGUGCUUUAAAUGGCAAAGUUAAUUCCCCUUUCCCUGCUUCCUACCCAACAGAAAUAAUAUGAUGGCUCCUAUAGGAGCCAGGGCCAGGCCUUAGCAGGGACUGGUCCAGAAGUCAAGGAUGUUACAAGUGGAAUAAGCCUUACGGGUGAAGCUCAGAGGAGGGUCAGGAUCUGAGAAAACUGGUCAGCCUUGGUGGGGGAGGGGAGCAGGGGACCCGGCUCCAUACCCCCUCCCAAAUGUGACUUGCUCUGGGGGUAUCAGGAUCCUGGCUGCAAGGCAGGCCGGGCCAGUUUGUGGAGUGGCCAGGGGCCUUCCACAGGGCUGCCAUGUUGGUUGGCUCCAGGGGGCUCGUUCAACUCUGUGUUUUCUGGCACCUCCUGGAAUUGUGAUCAGGGGCAACAUUCGUGGUUGAAAUGGUGCUCCUAGAGCACUGGGUAAGGCAUUCCUGGUGGCCUGCUCUGCUGCUCUUUCCUUGUCCCCAGGCUGCCUCUAAGCCAGCAGUUGAGGGGCUCUGGAACAUCCACAUGCAGUACCCAGCAUGCUUGCACACAGUGGGGAAGCUCCUUCUCGGGUGGCCCAAACACCCACAAAGGGCGAGAGGGCCUGGCUGGACCUUGGGAAGCUGGGGCGGUGCAGGGAGGAGCUCCCUGCUCCAGAGAGGAGAACAGGGAGGCCCUGGGCCGAGGACCAGGAAGCUGUGGUCCCUGCUGCCCCACCUCCCCCCACGCCCCCACCCAUGUCUGGGCUCCCAGGCAGGGAACCCGAUCCUUUCCUUUGUGCUGGGGCCAGGCUAGUGGAGAAACGCCCUCCAGUCUGGGAGCAAGGGAGGGGGUGCGGAGCUGGGGCAGCUGCUAAAAGCAGCAUUCUGGCUUCUUCUCAAACCCUAAGCGGGUGGCGGUCCUAGUGGUUCAGCCAAUGUGAUUACGGUACUUUGCACUCACUUUGCACCUCUCUGUCUUCUCUGAGCACUUUACCCAUGCACACCAGGUGGCAGGUGGUGAGGCAGCAGGUGGGUCCUGACUCCUGGGGCAGGGGGCAAGGCGGGGGUGCAGAGUUGGGAGUUGUCCGUCCCAUUGGCAAGGCUAUUUUGUGGCGGGUGGCAGAGGAGACCACGAACCUCUUUCUGAGGCUGUCUUCAUCUGGGUCACACUCACCCUCAUCCAGUGUCUGAGCCUGCUGCCCUCCCUGCGCUUUGGUGAACACGGCUCAGAAGGCUUGGGGCCAGCUGGGUCCUUAAUCAUCCCAUCACCUUGAGUGCACCGACUCCCAGUGCUGAGCCCACCUGGGCAGCCUCUGAGGCCCAGGGACCAAGGGGAUCUCCUUCCCUGAGCCCAACACGGACCCUCUGCCUCCCUCUUCCUGCCUCUGCCCUUCCUGCCCCUAUUUCCUGCCCUGCCCCUCAGCCCCCAUCCUCAGCUCUCUUUCUAGAACCAAUCCAGAAGACCACUUUGCACAGCAUCCUGGAAUUAUGGAGCUUCUGUGUGGAAAAAGCUUUGCAGGGCAGGAAGCUGUCCUUUUCCUCGUUUUUCAUCUGCUGGUGUGGACCCACACCUGCAUCCUGGGUCAAGAGGAGAAGGGAGAGGCUGUCAGCAGAGGAGGGGGUAGGACAGUCAUUUUGUAAUUUAUGGACAAAGGAAUAUUGGGGACUUUAUUUAUUUAAAAACAUUUUAAACAAAAAGAGCACCGCUGGUUUAUUUGUCUCUCCUCUUCCUCUCCUUGCCCCUCUUUGGGGACUCCCCCAACUCCUUCCUCCUGAAGCAAUCCCACCCCACCUUGCUGACUCUCCAGAAUAGACACAGCAUGUGGGGUUGGAGGCUGGAAUCAAGUGAGAAUUUCCCUUCAGAUGGUACAGAGGUCCUUUUAGAUCACCCCAUCCCCCCCACCUCGAUUCCAGUACCUGGACAUCUCUCCCAUUCGCACUGUUGGCUCCGUUUGUCCCUCCGUGUUUCCCUCCUUCCUUUCUACUGGACAGGACUUGGCCUUGCGGGACAAAUUCCUCUUUGAUGAAUGUACCCUGUGGGAAUGUUUCAUACUGACAGAUUAUUUUUAUUUAUUCAAUGUCAUAUUUAAAAUAUUUAUUUUUUAUACUGAAGGAAUACUUUUUUUUUUUUAAGAAAAAAGAGAAAUUAAUAAAGAAUCUGCUCUUGGCAAGCU